AUGAAGCUGCUAGUGGUCUUGAGUUUGGUGGCGGCGGUCUGCCAUGCCUCUGUCGUGAGGCAGCAGCGUCGGUUCCCUGAUGAUUUCCUCUUCGGAACCGCUACAGCCUCCUACCAGAUUGAAGGUGCCUGGAAUGAAGAUGGUAAGGGUGAAAACAUCUGGGAUUACAUGGUCCACAACACCCCCGAAGUCAUCAGGGGUUUAACCAAUGGCGACGUCGCUGCUGACUCCUACCAUAACUACAAGCGUGAUGUCGAGAUGAUGAGGGAGUUAGGCCUGGAUGCUUACAGGUUCUCCCUGUCCUGGUCUCGGAUCCUCCCUACAGGCAUGGCAAAUGAGGUCAACCCUGCUGGCAUCGCUUUCUACAAUAACUACAUUGAUGAAAUGCUGAAAUAUAACAUCACUCCUUUGAUCACGCUUUACCAUUGGGAUCUUCCUCAAAAGCUGCAGGAGUUGGGAGGUUUCGCCAAUCCCCUCAUCAGUGACUGGUUCGAAGAUUACGCGAGGGUGGUAUAUGAGAACUUUGGUGACAGGGUCAAGAUGUUCAUCACUUUUAACGAGCCAAGAGAAAUCUGCUUUGAGGGUUAUGGAGCGGCCACCAAGGCUCCGAUCCUAAACGCCACCGCGAUGGGAGCUUACUUGUGUGCCAAGAACUUGGUCACUGCUCAUGCUAAGGCCUACUAUUUGUAUGACAAGGAGUUCAGACCCGUACAGGGUGGCCAGUGUGGUAUUACCAUCAGUGUGAACUGGUUUGGACCAGCCACGCCGACUCCUGAGGAUGAGAUGGCUGCUGAACUUAGAAGGCAGGGCGAGUGGGGAAUCUACGCUCAUCCCAUCUUCUCAGCUGAAGGAGGUUUCCCAAAGGAGCUCUCUGACAAAAUUGCCGAGAAGAGCGCUCAGCAGGGUUACCCUUGGUCUCGUCUGCCAGUGUUCACUGAGGAAGAGAAGGCUUUUGUCAGAGGAACUUCAGAUUUCUUCGGAGUGAACCAUUACACCGCGUACCUGGUGUCAGCAACUGAACGCAAGGGUCCGUACCCUGUGCCAUCUUUGCUGGAUGAUGUGGACACUGGCUCCUUCGCUGAUGAUGACUGGCUCAAAUCUGCGUCUUCUUGGCUUACACUUGCACCAAACAGCAUCCACACAGCGUUGACCCACCUGAACAACUUAUACAACAAACCAAUCUUCUACAUCACCGAGAAUGGCUGGUCUACUGACGAGAGCCGAGAGAAUAGUCUCAUUGAUGACGACAGGAUCCAGUACUACAGAGCUUCGAUGGAGAGUCUCCUGAACUGCUUGGAUGAUGGGAUCGACCUCAGGGGGUAUAUGGCUUGGAGUCUGAUGGACAACUUUGAAUGGAUGGAGGGUUAUAUUGAGCGUUUUGGCCUGUACGAAGUGGAUUUCUCAGACCCUGCGCGCACGCGCACCCCCAGGAAGGCAGCGUUCGUGUACAAGCACAUCAUCAAACAUCGCGCCGUGGACUAUGAAUACGAGCCAGAGAGCAUGGUCAUGACUAUCGAUGAGGGACACUGA